CUCAGGCGACAUCAGUUCUCUUGCGACUGCGUGCGCGUUAGCAACAUAAAAGCGACUCUUCUUCUACAACUGAUUUGGUAAAAUCGCGUCGGGAUAGUGUGUGUACACGAUUCUUGCUACAUGAAGUGUGGUGAAAGAGCACGAUAAAGGAGUAAUAAGUGAUUAUAUAUGUACAUAAUAUAUAGAAGUGCUAAACAAAAGACUUAAGCAACGAACGUGUUUGAAUUAAUAAACAUCUGAUUUUGAAUUAAAAAUAUUUUUGAUAUAUAAAAAAUUCUAGAAAUAUUCUAUACAGUGUACUUCUUCAACUUGCAAACUCUGUAAAUUCUACUUUGAUUUCCAUACAUACAGACAUAUGACUGUGUGCGCUGACUUUGAACUCGCCACUCAAGUUCAUUGACGAACUUUUGUUGGGCGCUUUGUGUGGAAACUGAAGACUGACUGAAGUUGGCAUUGUGGCUGCAGCCAUUUUGAGUGCUACUUAAACUGUAUACUAGUGCUGUUUCUCUAAUAAAAAUUAAUAGAUUUUUGCAAAUUCGAAAAUAUUAUUGUUUGCUCUAAAGAAUUAUAUGUGAAUUUUCAGUUUUGUAUUCACUUCCAUUUAUAGUUUAAAGAGCCUUGUGACUUAAAAUCACUCAGUGCAAAUUAUACUUGUAAUAUAUUUGUUUAUGUGUAAAGUAAAUGCAGUUUUUGACAUUAAAAGUGGCAGCUGAAGUACUAUACUUUUAUGAAUGACUCUCCUCAAUAAUAUAAUUUUUCAACUUUGACUCAAAGAUUAACUGAAAAAGACUCCACCUAAAGCUACAUUGCUCACCUGCAACAGAAAAUCCACAGGGUAGCGAAAAAAACAGCCAACGGCGACAACUCAUCGCUCAACAUCAGCGAACGUCAUAACGGCGACAAGCAACAAACCAACGGUACAAACAAACUUACAAGCCAAGUCACUCACGGUUGGCAACAGCAGUCAGCGUCGAGUAGCAGCAACAACAAAGACGUGCAAAUAAUAACAAAAACAACAACGAGAACAGCAAGCACUGCCAAGCUCAAUUUCAUUACGCAUAUUAAGCGUGAACAGCAGCAGCUGCACUUUUGCAACUUUUCUGUCAUUUUUUCUUCGCUGCGCUGCAUUCAUUAGUUAAUGCUAUUAAUACAGUUCCACGCGCCGCAACACACACACACACACAGACACAGACACAAAUACACACGUCACUGCGACUCAGGUGUCACUUCAGCGCUGCUGCUGAUAUGUUGCAGGAGCGACUUUGUGAGUGACGCACGUUAUGACAACGAAAUUGCAGGCAUCCGCUUAGCAAAAUGCCGCUCACAGCUACUGGCCGGUGUUGAUGUUCUCCUACAUAAAGUGAAAAAAAUAAAAAUUUCUGUCCUUUUUAUGUGUGAAUUUUCGAGAAUCGCGUGAAAUUUAAAAUACUGCGCUGCAAGUGAUUAUUGCUGAAUUUUUUUCGGAAGAUAAUAAAGCGGAGCUCAGCGCUCAGUGCUAGUGUAUUGAAUUGUAAAACGUGAAAAAUAUAUAUUUUUGUGGCGUAUUACUCUUCAUUAUUGAUAAAAACGGCGGACUACAUAAGGAACGCGAAAAUGGAUACCGUUUACGGCACAAAGAAAUAUUUUCAGAGCCUCUCUGGCGCUAGUGAUAUCUAUCGGACGCCGGCAUGUCGCGCUGUGUCCAACGAUUACACCUACCAAAACACAUUGGGACGUCGCUCAACACUGGGGGCCUACUAUCACAUGAACAAACAGCCUUCGUACACGAACGAACACAGUCUUAAUAGUCAGUACAGUUACAAUGCGUGGGGUAUAUGGCGUGAUGGACGCAACAUAGCGCCUUCGACAUUCUCCGCCAAAACGCAUACACACUACCAGAAGCCGCGUUCAUUCUCUAUUAUACUGACGACCGCAGUGUUCAUUGUAUUACUCGCUGUGAUCUCAAUAGCCGGACUGGCGUUCUACUUCAGUUCAGUGAAAGCGAAUAUGGAGGAUCCUGUGUUGGGUUUUGAGGGUUCGUUUCGCAUAGCGAAGGGUGAUCUCUUCUCGACGGGUCUAAAGUACAAUCACACUACAACUUAUAAGCAGAAAAUCGAAUUUUAUAAACGUUUCAUUGAACGUUCGCUGAUGGAUAAUGGCUUGCAGCCGUUGCGUGUGGAUACAUGGGGCUUUGGUGAGGGACCGUUGAUAAAGGUGUCUUUUCGUACAUUUUUGGAUGUGAGAAAAUUGCCACAAAAUAUACACAGCGUUGAGGACUACAUUAAGGAAUCACUCUUUCUGGAAACCACCGCUGCCAAAUCGCUUUAUCGCUCGCUGCGCAUAGAUUCCGAAUCGGUUGUGAUUAAACGUAUACUAGAUGAGUCCGUUGUGCGCGCUGCGUCGCUCUUCAAGGAUGCUGUGCAGCAGCCCACCAGUCAGUCACAGCUUGAGAAGCGGCUAAUGAAGAAACCGAAUGCGCCAACUCUGUUACCGAAGGCAGGUACCACCGUCAAACCGCGCACCACACAUCGCCCACACUCGGUUGAUGACGAACCCGAUGUCGAUGUUGAGAAUGCACCAGUUAUACAAGGUUCUUUUGAGGGCUCUUUCGAAAUUACUAAAACUGAUGCUGAUAUCUCGCGCAAGAAGGUUACGCCGACCAAAGCAUACACUAGUUUAGCACCGAAAGCUGUUACACCGUUUGCAUUGCGCGUCAAGCCGAAGAAACCAUCAAUAGAGAAGCUGACGACUAUUAUACCACAGAAUCAGCCAUCACCGACGACUUCUGCUGCAACAUCUACAAGCACUACUCGUGGCACAAGCACAGCUAAAACUACGCGCACCACUUCGACCACAACCACCAGCACGACUACCACAACAUCAACAACAACUACGACACGAAAGCCGACCACAACAAGCACUAGCACCACUACAACCACCACAACUACAACAACACCACCACCACCGACGCCACCACUCACUACAACAACUACGUCUACCACAACAACGAGCACAACAGCCAAACCUUCAACCAUCUUACCAUUAACAUUCCCACCACCGACCGCUUUUUCACCGAAACAACAAUUCAGCUUGCCACCUAUGACAACACCGUCCAUCGCUUUGACCGUACCAAAGUUGGAUGCUAGCCUCUUUGCGUCUGUACCGGUGCUCGAUACACAACCUUGGCGUCCGAUACAUCGUGAAGUGCCCGAACUCUUGCCGGGUCCACCGCCAGCAUUCCCUACGAAAACACUCGUUGGUGUAGACAAGCCGAUGCUCGCAGCACCACUGGCACCGUCGUUUAGACCUGAUAUGCCAAUACGACGCAAUGACGAGAUGGAGCUACCGUUUAUACCAGAUAACCCUUCCCCGCCAACACCAGCUGCCUUCAAUCCAUACGCAUCCGGUUACUUUGGUACCGCUGUGCGUAAACCGGAAAUGAGCGCGGAAGCGACGAAUCCACAAGAUAUGCUCUUCUAUCAUAGUUUUGGUAAUCCUGUUUUCAUGCCGGGCACUGAAGAUAUAGAACGAUUGGGCGCAGGUGCACAUGUUAAGCCACAUCCACUGCCGGUGCCGCUGAUUGAUGAUGUCAUCAUACCGCCAUUUAAACCGCUCAUACCAGGCAUGGAUAAAGCGCAAAUUGAGAACAAUGAGAAGUUUGAACAUCUCGGCGGUGGUGUGAUCGUAAAGAAGCAUGAGUUGGAGUUGGCGAGUGGACAGGAGAAGUCGAAACCCAACACCGAGGUCGUGGCCAGCGAUAACGAUAGUGAGAGUGAGACUGAAAUACCAACAUUACUGCAGCAAUUCGCUUUGGAAGGUGUCACAACCUCGACGUUUAGACCAAAAGUCAGCACACCGAAUAUAAAUCGCAUUGAAUCGAGCGCUAACUCUGAGUUGGCUGACACAAUUGGUGAAUUCUUUAUGGGUUUAUUGAACUUACCAAAAGAGAAUGCGCAAAAUGCGACGAAACCGGUGGUUGAACCUAUCGAGUCGCGUGUUGAACCGGAGGAGAACGUGGAGGAAUUGGAAUAUGAACCAGAAACCAAAGUGGUACCAAACGAAGAGGUUGAGGAGGAGCAGGUACAAGCAACUAGUAUACCAGUCACGGCUGUAGCGAGCGAAUCAGCCUCUGUUGAAACAGAGAUUGCUGAAAAACCAGUCGUGGAAAGUGUUGAGGAAGUAGUCACCACUGCAAAACCGACUUUCCUUAAUAUUAAAGAGCUCAUACUGAAGCGCAAUCAAGCCAAAAACCAAACACGUAAUAUUGAGAACAUAACCGGACGUCCAACACCUACAACAACACCGACCACGACUACGCCAACCACGCCGCCAACUUUGUUUAGCCCCACACUCCAGCCACCAGUGACAAAUUGGAAUCGCCCCAGACCCACAUACAAUCAGAAACCACCGACCAUAUUGGAUGACUCUAAUCUCUUUCCAUCACAGUCGAAAUGGGAAUUCGUGAACAGUUCAGCGACCAAUAGCUUCGGUCAUACGGGCAACAUGCGUAAGGUAUUCAAUAAGACACUGCAGGCGUGGAUUUCCGAGGAUGUAGGCGGUAAUACGGAGGAUAACUUCACGCUGAAUGACAUUAAGACACGCAUAAAUAAUGCGACCAACAUACAAGAUAUCUCGCUUAUCUUCGAUACAUUGGCAUCCAAGUUGGGCAUUACGCCGAUGGUACCAACAAAAGUGCCACCAUUCUCACAGAACAAGCUCAAGCAUACACAAGUAACGAGUGACAGCAGAACGAAGUUGCCAAGCACAACAGCAAUACCAACAACUACCACCACAGCACGUCCAUUAGCGUUUAGAGACAAACCAGCAACAAUGACCACAGUUUAUUGGAUGCCCACAACUAGAAGAGGCACAAUAACGGCAGUACCAGCGACCGCAACCAAAAUGCCAUGGACAUCAACGACAACAACCACAAGAAGAAUGACAACAACACCAAGCACACCAACGACCAUGCCAACAGUGCGCACGAGACCGGUCACAACCACGACAACAAUUGCAACGCCCACAACAACAACAACAAAAGCACCACCACUGGUCAUGCCAACAGCAACAAACGAACAUUUCAUUGAACUUCCGUUACGACGACAAGAGCCAUUCAUCAAACCCAUGUCCAGUUUCAUGGAAGACACAUCCUCUGAGGGCAUCGGUGCGGCCAUACCCGUUGUGGGUGAGGCCGAGGUGGAGGUCAUCGACCCAAAUAAAUACGAGGAAAUGUUGAAGUCAUCACAGUUUGCUGCGGAUACCACAACGGAAACGGCACCACAAUUGGUCACAUUGCUGCCCGUACGUUCCAACUCGGGCAUACGUACAUACGGCCGACCGGCUAUGGAUGAUGAGGAGUCUGAGGCGCGUAGUAGCAGCAGCAGCAGCACCAGUGAUCAAUUGCCGUUGGCUGAGGGCACCGGCCAGGUGGAAGUCGUGCCAGAAGUGCUGCUCGGUACGGCUGGUGUGGCAGAGGUUGUGGAGGAUGCCGUAAGCGACCCGGUGGUGCCGACAACAUCAAUGCGUCCGAGUGUUGUUACGGCGCCACGACGUGGUGGCGGCUUUUUCGCAGGCAUACGCAGAAAGAGCGACAUUAGUCAGGCGAGAAGAUUUCCGCCGGCCGAAGCGGUGGUCAAGGGUGGGCUACAUGUGAAAGUCAAGUGAGUGAGUUUGUGGGGAGACAAUACGAAGGAAGCAGCCUACAAAGGCAUAACUCAAUUAGUGCGAGAUUUCUGCGUUUGCAUUUGCCUUUGCGUUUUGUGUAAAGGAAGGAGCGAGCAAAAAAUAAGGAAGGCAAAAAAAUGAAACUUGAAAAAGAAAGAAAUUGCAACGAAAAAGGUUCAGUUAGAUAAUUUAGACGAAAGUAUUUAGUCAUCUUAAUUGUGUGAGUUUUUUAAUAGCCGAUCUGGAUGGUAGGGUCACUAGGCAUCCUCAUCUCGCAGGCGUUUAUGUAAUAAGUACCAUUUUUAGUAGUCCGCAAGCAAGUUCUUGUUCAUUGGUUGUUCGCUGUCAGCACAAAGUAAUAGUCUGACAGCUUGAACAAUUUCUGAAUGACAACAUUUAAUUAAGAUCGGAUAUUAGGUUAUGUAUUAAAAAAUCUCUGCAUACCAUAAUUUUAAUUAAAAGUAAUGAUUUUUCUUAUACAUACUUUAAAACUAAAUAUAAAAAUAAAUAUACAUACAUUUUAAGAAAUAAUAAUUUCAAAUAAACUAAAAAAUAAUUAUAAAAUAUACGAAUAAUAAAAAUAUAAA